AUGAAUGUGACGAUUACGGAAGAUCAUCAAGAGGAGAGGAUUGGCGUUGUUAUUCUCUUCUUAUCGUUUUCGGUACUAGCGGCAUGUUUGAGUAAAAUCAUACUCUCAAAAAUCUUGAAAAAUAGAAUAUCAUUGCCAUUUACAGUUACUGUUCUUAUUCUCAGUUUUAUUAUUGGUUUAAUUGUGACACAUACAAAAACUAUAACGAAUAAUUUCCAACGUGGUGAAAUUCAGCUGAGCGAAAUCCAUCCACAUUUGAUUUAUUAUAUAUUUUUACCCUUGUUAAUCUUCGAUUCAUCAUUUAAUGGACAUUUUUACCUCGUUAAACAUCAACUUCUAUCAGCCGUCCUUCUCGCCGGCCCGGGAGUAUUAAUUUCCACUGUUAUCAUCGCUGCAUCAAGUGUUUAUCUCUUUCCUUACAAUUGGUCAUGGUUAACUGGUCUCUUAUUUGGAAGUAUUCUUUGUGCAACGGAUCCGAUCGCUGUUGUCGCACUAUUACAUGACUCAGGUGCAAGUAAAUCGUUAGCUUCGUUGAUUGAUUUCGAAUCGUUGUUAAAUGAUGGCUCUGCAUUUGUGAUCUUUCUCAUUUUCAAGAAUAUUUUCGUUGGUGAAACGUAUAAUGCUCGAUUGAUCAUCACCGAUAUUCUUAAAUUCAGCAUAGGUGGACCAGUGUUUGGUCUCAUAUCUGGCUUUAUUUGCGUCAAGAUUCUCAAUCGAAUUAAUGGUGAACUAGAGGUAGAAGUUGCACUUACAUUCGCUAUUUCCUAUCUGAUCUUCUUCAUUGCCGAUGUUGAAUUACGCGUAUCUGCAGUUCUCGCACUUGUAACAAUGGGUUUGUAUAUGGCUAAACAUAAGUAUUGCAUCAGUAGUAAUGUUCAAAUAUCCUUGGUCAGCGCCUGGCGAAUGGCCACUUAUUUGAUUAACAUCAUGAUCUUCACUGUAACUGGAAUUAUCCUCGCCAAAUCUUUGGUGAAUACAGCGACGACUAUCAUUGCACAAGAUUUCGUUUAUUCGAUUGUUUUGUAUAUUGUUAUUCACAUCGGACGAGCGUUGACCGUGAUUCUUCUUUAUCCACUGAUUCGUCGGAGUGGAGUGCAUAUCUCAUGGAAAGAUGGUCUUGUUUUGAUCUGGAGCGGUUUACGAGGUAGUAUGGCACUGAUUUUAGUCCUAAUGGUUGAUUUAGAUACGCGAAUUGAUAGUGUAACACGAAAUCAUUUUCUAUUUCAUGUUUCGAUGAUCGCACUUCUGACCUUGGUUAUUAAUGGCACAACCAGUCGAUUCUUCAUUCAUUCUCUCGGUCUGAAACAAGGUGCUAAAGAAAGUCAAAUAGUUCUCUCGCAAGCUCUCGAACAUAUGCAGCGCGAAACAUUCUCUCAAUUGUUACAAAUCAAACAGGAUGAGAAAUUUGCCGAAGUUAAUUGGAAGGUACUCGACGAAUAUUUACCGAAAAAAUUAUUGAAAGAACUGAACGAAGAAGAAAAUAUCAGUUCAACUGAAGAAGUCUCUCAACCUUUGAACCUGAAUGGUAACCAACAAUUUAAAACGAUUUCUAUGGUAAACGUCAACGCUGUAGAUCGAGAAAAUAUUCGAAACGAACUUGUCAUUCGAUUUCUUACGGCAAUGGCCAUUGAUUAUGAGAAACAAUGGUAUCUCGGUAUGAUCCAUCGCCAAACACUUGAUAUUCUCAUCAAGUCAGUCGAGCAAGCGAAACAAAAACGUUCCUUCGAAUUACAUUGGCAACUUCUCAUCGAACACUUCCGAUUAUCUUUUCUAUUAUUGAAUCUAAUGCGAUUCAACUAUUUCGAUUUCAUCAACAAAUGGACGAAUCGACUUCUCUUUGAUCAUAUCCUAUUAACUAUCGAAUUAACUCUUGGCUUUCAUUCAGCCGAGACUCGGAUGGACAAUAUCUUAGUGCUAUUUCCGGAAUUGAUUACCAUUGAUGAACAAAUUAUGAAUGAAGUGUGUCAUGAAGCUAAACAAUAUCAGCUCAAUGCUGCACGCGUUCUUCAUCAUCUACGCAAAUCGUAUCAACUUUGCUGGACUGCUCAAAUGACGAAACGAUGUGCACAGAUGCUUCUCAAACAUCAGUCGAUCGCGAUCAUUCAUCUGUAUGAAACAGGAAUACUUGACGAUAAUGAAUAUGCGCAUAUUUGUAAAUUAAUCGAAAAUAAGAUCUUCAGUUUAGAAUAUGGCAAGAUUCAACUAUCUGAUGAUGNCUUUCUUUGA